CGACGUGCGAAAGGCUAUUCAACAUAUCUGUCCUCUUCGCUGCGUGCUCGAGUAGUUAUUAUUUUCCUUUAGCCAUAUUUGAUGAUAACGAGGCGUCACAAGGGUGAUACUUUAACCUGACAGUUGGACACUUCACGGUCCUGUUGAACCUGUCGCCCACUUCCUCGCCUCACAAUCGGACCAUUCAGACAACAACAUGGCGGGCAUCGGCAGACUCUCCACCAAUGAUUCAGUGCUCCUCCUGUGUGACAUGCAGGAGAAGUUCAGACCCAACAUCUUUCAGUUCACCAACAUCGUCAGCAAUGCGGCCAGAUUGCUCCAGGCGAGUCGUGUUCUGGGCAUCCCCUCCAUUUUGACAGAGCAGUACCCCAAAGGCUUGGGUCCCACGGUACCUGAGCUGGGAGCAGAAGGCAUGACCGCUCAUGCUAAAACACGCUUCACCAUGAUGAUCGACGUGGUGGAGAAGGAGCUGCAGGACCUGGGGAACCCCAAGCAGGCGAUACUGUGUGGAAUAGAGGCCCACGCCUGUAUCGCAUGCACAACAUUUGACCUGCUUGAAAAAGGAAUGGAGGUUCAUAUUGUGGUUGAUGCCGUCUCAUCCAGAAGCCAGACGGACCGUUUGUUUGCUCUGUCUCGACUGAAGCAGAGCGGCGCUUACCUCACCACCACAGAGGCUGUUCUGCUGCAGCUGGUUCAAGACGCCAAACACCCCAACUUCAAGGAGAUCCAGAGGCUUUUGACCCACCCGUCCCCCGACACCGACCUCCUCGGCUUCAUCGGCGCUCUGUAGGCAGAUCAUCACCUGCCCUUCUGUCCCAGAUAUACUGUGCAGAAUGUCACUGCUUCCAAACAACUAAUAAAGUGAUGCUGCUAUAAAUCUG